UUCUCAACUAGUCAGCAUCAUCACGGCCACGCGAAAGACGCGAGUGAAAAAAGUACAAAAAAGAUAGUCGAAGAGAGUGGAGUGGAAGAAAAUUCAAUCUCGAUACGUGGAUCUUCGAUAGAUCAGCCCGGCGUUUGGGUGCUGCGUGUAAAAUUCAAAUCCACUUCCGCCAACAAGUGUAGUGAGGGUGUGGGGCAACGCGCUCGAGAAAAGCGAAGAGGAAAAGAAACCUUAACUGCUUCCAGCGGGUUAUAGCAAGUGCCACUAUAAUGUAGGAUGAACAAAAGCCAAAAGUUUAUUUGCACAGCGAAAAAUCUCAUCCUCCGGAUUCGUAACUUCGGAAAAGGCAACAGUCGGAACGCAAAAGUCAGCCCUCUCUAGUGGAACUGUGGGACCAUACGUUUUUGAAGGAAAAAUUUUGUACGCUAGAAGCUUACCGAAGAGAAACGAGGGAAGAUAGCAAAUUUCAAAAUUAGAUUUAUGGAUUUUUAAGUGCUUUAUUGUAUAAAGAUUUGUGGCGCAAUUCGGUUUCCGUGGGUUUUCUUUCUUCACCACGUGCAGCUUUCAGAGGAAAAUCAUACAUACACACAAACACUAGAAGCGUUCCCACGGUGAAGUGUGAAAAGCGAAGAUUGUUGAUUUUGAGAAUUACCGCGAGUGACAGUGUGAAAAGCUCUGUGUAUUGUGGGAAACUAACAGAUCUCUUGGCGCUUGGCUGUCACACUGAAGGAGUGUUGCUGGAGGGACAUGAUGCGACGCGAAUAUAUUAUUUUAACUGGAUGUUACUUUAUAGCCACGAUACUAUCCACAAUCAGUCAGACAACCGGAUUCGGGCUGAUAGACAGCAUGAUGCUAAACCACGACAUCCUCGAAAUGUUGCGGUAUGGUGGUUUUGACACGCGACAGCCGGCACGAAUAUUCUUGCCACCAAAAUUUUACUCCUCGAUCGUUUUCGACAGCGGCCACCGCAGCCCGGAGGAGAUUCUCCGAACCAAUCUUGAGCUUAUGAUGGAGGCCGUUUACGACGGCAGCCACCUCCAACGGAACCCAUCGGUGGGAACAUUAUUAUCGCCCACCACCCCUGCUGUCAAUCGGCCCAAUGCUAUUUCGUAUUCCGAGGACGGCGCCGGAAAUCGCAAUAAAGGAAGCGGAGCAUUAGGGAAAAAUGAUGUAACAAAUUUCAAAUCGUUUUUACCGUCGUCGUCGUUGUUGGCACCGUACCCGGCUGCUACUAGAAAGACUUCGUCGAACUACUCGUCAAUCGUGGCGGAUCAGACGAGAAACGAUGUGCCACAAAUCGUUUCUAGCUCAGGCGGCAGACUGAACGGGGAUACUACAAGCGUUAACAGUCGACGGGAUGGUUCGUCCUUAGGCUACAAUCUUCGCUUAGCAUUACCGGGGGAACCAGAUGUCGACUAUCCGAUUUUGGGACACAUCCCUGAAACGGGUUUUACCUGCUUUCAACGGCGUGAUGGGUACUACGCCGACGUGGAAGCUCGCUGUCAGGUGUUCCGCGUGUGUGCCAACACGGACGAUUCGGGCAGCGGAUUUGCGUUUCUCUGUCCGAACGGAACGUUAUUCAAUCAGAAGUACUUCGUCUGUGACUGGUAUAUGAACGUCCGCUGCGAGGAAAGUGAAAAUUACUACGAUAUGAACGAGGAAGUGGGUAAAAAUACAGCUGACUUUAGCAAAAUGAUGGGAGCCGUAAUGUCAAUGGUUAGCUUCCCGAUGGUUUCCUCGCUGCUGGCAGACGGCGAAUUCGACAGUGAUAAAAGGACAAAUUUAUUCAACGACCAUGUGAACCCUCAGAAUGAUGUUGCUUCUGCUGUCGGAGGUGGCUCUAAACCAUGGGACCUGUCACAUCAAGCUCACCCCCAGUUGAUAGGCGGAGAGCGUUUUGGAGAGCCACAUGCAGCAAAGACGGGUAACGGGUUUCAAUCAAAAUUCAAUCAGGGAACCACUUACGGAGAACAAGCUGAUAGGAAGGAAGCACACGUGUCAGUAUUGCCUCAGCAAGUGUAUGUCUCGAGCUUAGGAACACUCUCCACUGACCCACAGUCGGGAUUUGAUCCAGUAAAGUCAACGAUUCUUAUUCCACCUACGGACGGCUACGCAGCAGCGGGACCACCACGGUUGGGAGAUGGUGGAAAAUUGCCAUCUUUGAACCAGCAGCAUUUUAACGAAGAGAAUGCUCCUCCUUUGCCGAUUUCUAAUUCAAAAUUCGAGCUCCUGAUGGCGAAUCUGCUGAAGUCUUGGACCGAAACUGGUUACGCUAAGACACCCACUGCCAAACAACAAGUUCACAAUCAAAUUCUCCCUCCAACGGGCGUUCUACCACCAUCACCAACACCGCUUGGCUUUCACAGGCUUCCGAACAUUUUCGGAACCUCCCAGAUCGCACGACUUCCUUCCGCGCCACACAAUCCGAAUCUGGCAACGGUUCAGAAAGUUUUCCGAGUCAAGCAGGUGUACGUCACCCCCCAGAGUUACUAUCCGGCCAGCUAUUUUGCACCAUCUCGACCAGCUUACAGUAGCCCACCGGCGAUUUCAUGGGCGAGAGUUGAUAUCUCAAAACGGUUCCCGGAUGCGUCGUUGGUACUUGCUGCUUCACAACCUCAAAUUUCCCGCCGAAACGAUGCAGUACGAAGUAGAGCGGUGCAGCCAACUACGAGCCCGGUAAGGCGAGACACUAGCUACGAUGUUGAGGUUGUUCCCGCAUUUAGCUACUACUUAAACGAUGCAACGGAUAGGCAAUCAUACGAACAAAGUCUGAAGAAUGUACGAACCGUAUCGAAAGAUGUUGGAGAUCUGACUAGACAAUCGCCAGAUCGGAGCUCGUAUAGCGGGUCGUCGUCGUACAAUGUGCCAAUUGGCAGUAUAGGACCCUUAUAUGCUUCCAACAAUUGACCGCGAAGGUGUUCAAUGUGUUAGCGAAGGAUCCUACGGUCAUUUUCUGUAGUUGGUAUCUAACAACUUUGAUAUUAGUUCAAUGAGUGUAUAUUGUUCGAAGCAACCGAAAUAAAUAUA